AUGAAGCUGGAGGAUUUCUUUCUUUGGCCUGACAACUCGUCAAUUUACGAAAUAAAUCAUACAGCACCUCGGCCCCACUUGAAAGACAUGGUUAAAGCUAUUGUUAGGCGAGGUAGCUUUAACUUGUUUUACAAAAAAAAAUUUGCUUUAAAUGAAACAAAAGAAUUAAAUUUUUUGAAAUUAAAAGUAGCCAAAGGUGGCUUCACAAUACCUGCAGUCAUUUUAAAACCAAGAGGAAUUAAAGAAAAAAGGAAACAAGCGAUUUUGCAAAAUUUGUUUCCAUUAGUACCUGAAAAUCGAAGACAAUUUUGGCAAAGUAUUCCCGUCAAUGAUGAAGCCGUCGAUUUAAGAUCGCAGAUUGAUGAUAUUUAA